AUGGGAAAAUCCUUGAGCAACGCCCUUUUCAUUAUCUCAGCACACAACUUGAGUAACAAAAAAACUAAAUCCGUAGGAAGAAUUUAUUUACCAGGAUCGAGAUUUCCACAUCGCCAUUUGUUACGUAAGUCAGAUUUGGUCAACAAACCACUCAAUUUUCAAAAAUCUCGCGAGGAAGACAACGUGAGAAACAUUGAAAUGUUACUGAACUCGUUAUUUGUAGUAGGAAGAAUUUAUUUACCAGGAUCGAGAUUUCCACAUCGCCAUUUGUUACGUAAGUCAGAUUUGGUCAACAAACCACUCAAUUUUCAAGAAUCUCACACGGAAGACCACGUAACUAUGAAAACAGAUCUCAGUUGGAAGAAUAACAGCAACAAACUAUGA